AUAGUGAAAUUGCUGCUCCAACGAGGGGCUGACAGCCAGUCAAUGGAUAGGAAAGGAAAUUCAUCAUUACAUAUCGCUUGUGAAUGCGGUGAUGAGGGCAUCACAGUGCGUCAACUCCUGAAGAAAGGCGCCGAUUUCAAGCUCAGUGAUAAUAUUGGGAGGACUGCACUCCACGACGCAGCAUCACGGGGCCAUGAAGAUGUUGUGAGAAUUCUCAUUAGUGAAGGGGCUGACUGCACUGCAACCGAUGAAAAUUUUGUCACACCUCUU